AUGGAACGCACGUGCUUCUGGAUGGCUAGCCGUGAGUGGAAACAGCACAGAAUUAUGGCGCAGUCGACCACAGCUUUGGCAGCCCACAUUUGUGACGUCAUCUUGUCCGUGGCAAACGACUUGAGUGAAUAUUGCCCACCCACCCUAUCGUUGAACAAGCAGAACAGCUUGCGCGAAGGUGCAAAAUACUCGCUUUGCACGAAGGCAUAUAUUGCGAGUCGACCGAUACCCAUGCCAUACGCCACGAGCAAGAUGGCUGUUGGUCCGUUCGUCGAGUUUGACAACUGA